GACGAGCGGCAGCAUGGCUCUGACAACAACACAAGUGGCCUGACCUUCGACACUUAUGGUUCAUCAUGGAGAGUGCAAAGAAUGGCGAAGAAACGGGGAAAGGACGGCUCAUAAUGUUGCCAGUUGAUGGUUCUUCUACAUGUGAAAGGGCUUUCCAGUGGUACUUAGAUCACCUUCGACGGAAAAGUGACCGUCUUGCAAUCGUCAACAUCAUUGAACCACCAGUAGUCCCAGAUUCGUUCAUUUUGAUGGGACCAAGCAUGAUCUCUGAAGGUUGGAAACGGGAAGUAGAAAAGAGUGUUGUAAAAUCAAAAGAAACUGCUGCAAGGUUUGAAGAACGGUGCAAGAAGGAGAAUGUUCCCUGCAGGGUGCUCACAGAAACUUCAGAUGCAGGGCCUGGACAGCGAAUUUGCGAACUGGCAAAGGAGGUGAACGCCAGCGCUAUCGUCGUUGGGUCAAGGGGACAAAACUUGAUACGAAGGACGUUGCUUGGUAGUGUUGCAUCAUACGUUGUUGAUCAUGCCGAUAUUCCAGUUGUGGUGACGCCUAAAGUUAAUCAGAAUACCACAAGAUGACCCUUGAUGCAUUGACAAAAAUGCCCAUGCUUGAUGCACAAUAAUGCACGCAAAAAAUUUCAGCGCACAAUACAGUAUUCAAUACAGGUCAACCAUGCAAAGAGAACUUAUUUUUUUAAAUAUUCAAACAUCUCAAGCGAUAAUCGCUUGUGCACGAAAUCUUUUUAUAAGCUUUUUAUCAACAUCCACAGAUAUGUUCAUAAUAAUGGAACCCAAUGUAGCCUAAUCUAGUGUUCUGUUUAGGCCCUGCACCAAAAAUUUCUCAAAACUGUUACAGAAAAAUACGCCCCAGCACCGUUGCCCAUUUAGAAACUAACAAGAAGGUUCAGUACAACUUUAAGCACAACAUCUCUGGCUCUGUUAUCAACCUCUCUUAUUUCAAUUUCACUAUUUUAACUCUUAAUUUUUGUGUACUUAUGGGUAGUUUAGUCCUUUGUACUUUCAAGGUCCAAAUUUGGCCAUACUUUUGCAAGUAAAAUUUGCUCCAACAUAUAAUAAAAUCAUCAUCUAAUCUAGCCUUAUUCCCUACGUCAAAUUAGCCAAAUUUUAUUGAUAGGAUUUAUCUAUGAUACUACACAGCUCAGUAAUGCCCAACAAAUACUGUUUCUAGCUUUUAAUGAGCGGUUGAUACUCCAGUUCAUCUUGCCAUGCUGUCUUUUAGGGUACCUGAAAGUUUUUUAUCUCUCUAGUUUACCAAGAAACUUACAGCUGAAAGGAAUAACAACAAUCAAGGAAUUUACAACCACAUCAACUAAUACUAGUAAUAGGAUUUAGAUAAUAAAUUCUUUAACAUUUAAUCAAGGAUUAAUUUUAAUGAGAAUUGAUUCAAAAGUCAACCUUGCUUUUUUCUUGCCAAAAUUAUUUGAAUAACAUAACAACCUUGAACGAAAUAUUAAUAGAUGCCUCACUUGGUCACAGGUCAUUUUGGACCUGCUUAUUUUCAACUGCACCCUUUCUCAGUUAUUGAAGUCAAAAGACAAAGUCUGUAUGUCUAAUUUGCCUUUCACCUGGGGGGUUGAUGUGCCUGCAAACAGGGUGUCGUUUUUUGGUGAAAACUCUGGGACAGGAUUAUACAUUUUCUCUCUUUUUUCCUGCCACAGGUGAUUGAAUAUUUUUUGGUAUACAAAGAUAUCUAAUAUAGUAUACAAAGAUUGUCAGAAAAUUUGUCCCUUUUGCCCCCAUUAAAAUUUGAUUGCCAUUCUGCCCCUGUAGCUAUUUGUUGGUUGGUAUGGCAGUAUGUUGAUAUAUCAUCAUGCAGUUUUAACUGAAUAUUUUCUGACAAUAAACAAAAAUUUUGUGUUGCUUAAUAAAAACUUCUAAGGUCCCUCCAGCCAAAAUUCUUUCAUUGUCUAAAGUAGAUAUCUUGGGCGUGUAAAAUUACAAAAUUUUUGCAACAUUCCAAUUAGUUAUGAAUCAAAAAGGCAUUGAAGUUGCACCUUUCUGAGAUGAAUCUGACACAAACCUGGUUAGGAAUUGCUGGUUUGUUGAAUCACAAUGCUUGACCUCAUCUUAGCUGUGAUUUUCCUAUGACUUCCAACAAAAUAUAGAGUUAAACACUAUAUUUUGUCGAGUUAGACUUAGAAAAUUAGAGUUAAACAGGGCUUUACAAUUAUAUUUGAUAUGCCUUGCAAAUUUAGUAGAAAAAAAAUGCUUUUAAAUGCACUGCUAUAGUUUUGACGCGUUUUCUUUAAUUCUAAUGUUCAAUUGUUGCUUUAUUUCUAUUUACCAAUGCCUUGGAUUCUUCUUAGGGUUUUGGAAUUUUUCUCGCAAUUAUAGCUCCAUGAAUUGUUCAAUUCAUUUAGCAGGUGAUCAAAUAUAUUUUGUAUUUUUGUAAAAUAUGACAUUUGUAAUGCAUCAAAAAUAUGUCUGAUAUUUCAAAUCAUUUUAUUUGAGUUGUGCAAGGAUUUCUAUGUUGUUUAUUGUUUAUUGUUUUAUUUGGGUCUAAAUAAAUGUCAAUUUACACUGCAACUUUGAUAUUUCAUUUAAAACAUAUUUUAAUUUUUAUGGAAUUGAAGUAGUGUCUAUUUCAAAUAUUUAUUUCCUAUUUGUUUUAUUCAUGUUUGUUGUAUUGCAAA